AAAUAGUAGAAAUAUACCAUUAUGGGCUCUUUAUUGCUUGUUAUUCUUGCAAUAGGUUUGUUCCCGACAGGUGCCCUAAGCAUUCCUGAAUAUGAUAUGGCUGACCUUAAGCUUGUGUACCUUCGUCGAAAUAUGGAUAAGAUGAAACCAACGAUUUUGGAAUGCGAUUAUGAUGUUGAAGAUAAUCCCCCGUAUCUUGUUGUAAAAUGGUUUAAAGAUGACGAAGUUGUAUUCCAAUGGAUCCAAGGAUAUCAUCCAUUUACCAACCCUAAUUUUAAGAACAGUAUUGACACUUCCUAUGUGAGUUCUGAGGAUCCAAAUAAAAAGCACAGCGCUUUGGCCCUCAUUAAUCCUACGAUAAGAACGACUGGAAAAUACAAGUGCGAGGUUCAGACCGCGUCAAAUAUAUUCUUCAGAUACCAUAGGAUACAGGUUAUUGACCUGAGUAACUAUUCCUUAGACCUCUUUCACAACAAAAUUCCCAACGGAACGCAGCUGGAGUGUGUCCUGAACAACAUGUACCCCAGGCCCAUUCUGAGGAUUCUAUCUAAAAAUGGGGACGUUAUUAAAGAGGAGUCUAACGUACUGGAAAACGAGGAUGGUUCUUUCAAUGCCACUGCCGUUGUGGAUGUAAAUAAGACCAGAACUAGAUCGUAUUCGUUUCAGGUUUUCUUUCAGCAAGAAAUCCAAAAAGUUUAUUCUCUAACAUUUAAUCAGAACUAAGAAAAGGGUUUUAAAUUACGCGAUU